AUGUUCGUCCUAUUAGUAGCUCUUAUAUUUGUGCGCAGAGGUGAAUCGGGAAAUGAUGGAGUUGCGCUAACUAAAUGCCUUGAUCCUAGUGCCGCCGUGGCUCGUCCAUUGCCGCUUCCAUCAGCUUGCAAGGACAAAGAUCCAACUAUUUGCAGUGCCAUUUUUGCCGUCCGAUCGGGUGCUGUAGGACCUAAUUCAGUCGCAGCAAAUGCGUUUUUGGUCAAUCCCAACUGCCAAAACGCGACUGUUCUUACAGCAGCUGAAGCCUUGUGUCCCUCCUCAUGUGCAGUUUGUUGUUUAACACCUGAAUUUAGUUGCCAAAAUUCAACAACAGCAGCAGCAGGUGCGUCUGCUUGCUCGGACAGCCGAACCAAUUGCGCGCAAAUGGCAUCGUUUUGCAAUACUCCACCAUAUUCUGCAGUAAUGGCUCAACAAUGCCGAAGAACGUGUAACUUAUGCCAAUAA